AAAUGCGGAAGUGUGAACAAAGUUCCUGCACUGAGAAGUCUAACAUGAAUCGUGAAACAUGUCUAUCAGGUGUUUUUUUUUCCUCACUCUGAUCAGUUUUUUCAUUCUGAUCAGUUCUGACAAUGUUAGUGGAAAGAGAGUUUGGCCUGUUCCUUACAGGAGAUUCGACCAUCGUCCGCCCACUGACCCUUACUGCCAAGCACUUUACCCCUUUUGCCCUACUGGAGACCCAGACGGUCGCAUCCCUUCUAUGAGAAACAGUGACGUCAUUUCCGUGUUUAGACUUCAAACUCCUGUGUGGGAAUUCAAAUAUGGAGAUCUUUUGGGGAAAUUUCAUAUAAUGCAUGAUGCCAUUGGAUUUGCCAGCUCAGAGACGGGAAGAAACUAUACCAUGGAAUGGUACGAGCUUUUCCAGCUUGGAAACUGCACUUUUCCCCAUGUAAAAGAGAACACAAUGGCCCCUUUUUGGUGCAACCAAGGGGCUGCAUGCUUCUUUGAGGGAAUUGAUGAUGUGCACUGGAAACAGAAUGGAACUCUGGAGAAAGUGGGAGAGAUUUCUGGUGAGCAGUUUAAUAAUCUGGCACAAUGGGUUCAACAGGACAAUGACACGGGUAUUUACUAUGAGACGUGGACUGUGCGGUCAGACCCAGGACCCAACGCAACCACAUGGUUCGACUCAUAUGACUGUUCACAGUUCGUACACCGCACCUAUAGGAAAUUGGCAGAGUUCGGAGCCAAGCUCUCAAGCAAAACUCAGACAAACUACACAAAAAUCUACCUGUAUAGUGGUGAACCUAUCUACCUUGGAGAUGAUGGCAGCAUCUUUGAUCAACCCUCGAUGAAAGAUCUGGCCACAGCUAUCAGAAAGUUUUACCAUUCUUUUCAGCCUCACCAGUCAAUGCUUCAGUUUAUUCUCAGCCUGAUGGAAGCCUAUAAAAAAAUAAUACUGGAGAAGAGUUUCUAUUUGUUCUACAACUUUGAGUAUUGGCACUUGCCCAUGAAGCCUCCAUAUAUCCAAAUUACUUAUGAAGAAGUUCCUCUGCCAUGAUGGUGGCCUUGAGUUCUCUUUCCUACUUAUUUCCUUUGUAAAUAAGUUAAGACAGUUUUGCACCUGAAACAGCUGUGUUACUUGUGAUUACAGUCAAUGUUUUUUUGCUUUGGGUAACAAUGAACUUGUGUGUUCUGUUGUAAAUACCACAUUUUGUCUCAAUUCAGAUUGGUCAGAAAGGGUUAAUUUUCUAUAAAAACACAGCUCAGACUAAGGCUGGGCGAUAUGGCUGAAAACUGUAUCACGAUAUCAGUGUUUCAUAUCGGUCGAUAUAGAUAAUUAUUGAUAUUUUUAUAACCCAUUUAAAAUAAAGACCAGGAGAAAAAUAUAUUACAUUUAAACAUUUUUAUUUUAAACUUAACCUUCCUCUGAUUAUAAUCCCCUCAGUUAUUAAGACAGAAAUGUCAACAACCAUGGAAAACUCAAAUAAUUAAAAUGUAAACAAGAGUCUAAAGUCACAAUGAACACUUAACAAUUCUCUCUUAAGAGAUUUAAGGUGCAAAAUGUAAGAAAUGCUUAAUAAAGUGUAAUAAAAUAGUGCAGUGUUAAAUAUAAACAUAGAGAAACCUGAGAAUUUAGUCUCAAACAAUAUUUUGCUAUAUAAAUCUCAUUGUUAGUGAAAUAAAAUUGAAUAAUGUUAUUUAUAUAUAUAAAGUUAUUCUUACUCUAAUCAUACUUGAAGUUGAACUAUUCAAGUAUGUUUUCGUAGACUUAUAAUAUCCAAAAAACUGCCAUACUGGCGAGCUGACUUUUCCUCUUUUAUGUACAAUUUCCUCGCUCGCUGCGGCUCAUUUUCUGCUUAUCAGUCGCAGGUUACUGAAAAGGAAUCCAGCAGACCAGCACGAGACGACGAUAUGGCGCAACCAAACUGAUACUGUUACAUGAUUGGGUGUUAAGAGUCUCACUCCCUACGUUGCUAGGUUACCAGAGAGUGAGUGCCUUUGUUAAUGCAACCAAACUUGCUUCGCAACCUGUUUUCUUCCGACGAAGACUAAAAAAUAUUGAACGUUUAUCGAACACAUUUUUUAUUGAUAUCGAGCACGUGUCUAUCACGAUACAUAUCGUUAUCAUUUUAUCGCCCAGCCCUAGCUCAGACAAGUAGUCCUGUAUGCGAGUCAAAUCACAGAUUUUUUAUUAAUGUGCUCAUUUUAAUGUUAUUGUUUAUGUAGCAACAGACUGGGCCUUGUAUGUUCGACAUUCCAUGUUAACACAUUUUAAAAAUAUCUGCAAGUUUUCUGUGAGGGGAGGUUUAGUUAGCAUUUUUGUGUGGAGGCCCAGUGUAAUUGUUUUGAAAUGGCCAAGAAGUCUUCAGGAAGGUAGGCUUUCUGGUUUCUCAUUAACAUAAGCUCCAUUUCUUUUGUGUCUUAAAAAAGGAUGGUAAGGAAUUAAAUAAUUUGUUUUAUUGCAUUUUCAUAACUUUAGCUUUAGAAAUAGUGAAUGAAUGAGAUUACAGUAAUACAAAAUUAACAUUGGGAGUACAAGAGUUACAGCAUCAUCCUGUAAUAACAAUAGAAUUUAAGAAUGCACAAUGAGCCUGAAAUUGAUGCUAAGACAAAACAGGGGACUAGCCCACAAUUUAUAAAAUGAUUCAGAUUUUCCUUUUAGUAUACAUUCAAUCAUAACUUCUUUAAUCAAGGAUAUCCAAUCCUUAAUAAGGAUCCUUGUUCGGGACUUUCUACAUCAGUAAAAUUUGAAAGACGUCUGAGUAAUCCCGUAGUGAAGGGGGCAAAAUACCCAGUAAACACAUGGGAUAUGAGGUAUUUAUAGUGAUCAAGGUGAGUGAUAAAUUUGUCACAGACAUUCAUUUUUAUUGUUUAUGUAAACAAUGUAAGCAUUUAACUAAAAUAUAAACACAUUCUACAUUACAAUUUCAAAUAA